UCAGUAUAUGUUUAACAGUUUAAACAUGACGAAACUUAUAUUUAAUCAAAUCAGCCUCACGUAAUUCUACUCUCAUAUACCGCCUUACAAAAAAGGGCUUAUCUCACGUAGACAGAUUUUGGCAGAAUAAAUCCUAUCGAUUCGCCUGUUCCUUACAGCGUGCAAUCACCCUGAUUAGAAGUGUAAAACAACACCUGUAGAUUUCUCAGUCCAUCACACCUGCACAUUUAAUGAUCCCAACCUGAAUAUGGCCACGGCUUCUUGCCAGACUACCGUUUACCUGGAGGAGAAGACGGGCCGUUCUAUCAGCCCUGGGAAGGUGUUGAGAUGGAAGAUCUGGAACUGAGAGAGGCGCAGAGAGAAUACUUGGACUUUCUGGAUGACGAUCAAGAUCAAGGAGUUUAUCAUGAGAGGGUCAAAAGUAUGGUGUCAGAAAACCGGUGCCGCCUCAUCGUGAACAUCAACGACCUGAGAAGGAGGAACGAGAAGCGGGCCAAAGCCUUGCUGAAAGACUCCUUCAGUGAACUCGUUGCUUUCCAAAGAGCUCUGAAGGACUUGGUUGCGUCCAUCGACGCAACCUACGCCAAACAGUUUGAGGAGUUCCAUGUAGGGUUCGAGGGUAGCUUUGGAACCAAGCACGUGACCCCUCGAAGCCUUGCGGCACGAUAUCUCGGAAACCUGGUUUGCGUGGAAGGAAUCGUUACCAAGUGUUCUCUGGUGAGGCCUAAGAUCACCCGUAGUGUCCACUACUGUCCAGCCACUAAGAAGACCUUGGAGAGGAAGUACACUGACCUGACCUCCCUGGACGCUUUCCCUUCCAGCUCCAUAUACCCUACCAAGGAUGAGGAGAACAACCCCUUAGAGACAGAGUUUGGGCUGUGUGUCUAUAAGGACCACCAGACCCUGACCAUCCAGGAGAUGCCUGAGAAGGCCCCUGCCGGACAGCUCCCCCGCUCUGUGGACAUAAUCGCUAACGAUGACCUGGUCGACAUGGUCAAACCGGGCGACCGUGUUCAGAUGGUUGGGAUCUACCGCUGUCUGCCGGCCAAACAAGGAGGCUUCACCUCUGGCACCUUCAGGACGAUUCUGCUGGCCAAUCACGUGAAGCGGAUGAGUAAAGAAAUCGUGCCAACCUUUUCUGCUGAAGAUAUUAAUAAAAUCAAAAAGUUCUGUAAAGCCCAUUCUAAAGAUGUGUUUGAGCAUCUGAGCUGCUCGCUGGCUCCCAGUAUACAUGGCCAUGAGUACAUAAAGAAGGCCAUUCUGUGUCUCCUGCUGGGGGGCAACGAGACCAACCUGGAGAAUGGGACACGUAUCCGUGGAGACAUCAACAUACUGCUGAUAGGUGAUCCGUCGACGGCUAAGUCCCAGCUGCUGCGCUACGUCCUGCACACUGCUCCGCGGGCCAUACCAACUACAGGACGUGGAUCAACUGGCGUGGGGUUGACUGCCGCUGUCACCACAGACCAGGAGACUGGUGAGCGGCGACUGGAGGCCGGGGCUAUGGUGCUGGCAGACAGAGGAGUGGUGUGCAUCGACGAGUUUGACAAGAUGUCUGACAUGGACCGCACAGCCAUCCAUGAGGUGAUGGAACAGGGCCGUGUCACCAUCGCUAAGGCUGGCAUAAUGGCCAGGCUCAACGCCCGCUGCAGUGUGCUAGCCGCUGCUAACCCAGUCUACGGCAGGUAUGACCAGUAUAAGACACCCAUGGAGAACAUCGGUCUGCAGGACUCUCUGUUGUCUCGGUUCGACCUUCUCUUCAUUGUUCUGGACCAGAUGGAUGCAGACAGUGACAGGAAGGUCUCGGAGCAUGUUCUACGCAUGCACCGCUACAGAGCACCAGGGGAGCAGGAGGGAACAGCCAUGCCCAUGGGCAGCACUGUGGAUGUGUUCGCCACGGAAGACCCCAACAUCACAGAAUCCGCUGAACAGGAACUCCAGCUCUACGAGAAGAAGGACAAUGUCCUGCACGGACACCGGAAUAAAAAGGAGAAAGUAGUUACCAUGGAGUUUAUCAGGAAGUACAUCCACGUGGCUAAGCUGGUGAAGCCUGUUCUAACCCAGGAGGCCUCAGACCACAUAGCAGAGGAGUACUCCAAGCUCCGCAGCCAUGACCAAGUGAACUCCGAAUCAGCCAGGACGAUGCCGGUGACAGCCCGAGCACUAGAGACAAUGAUACGAUUGUCCACUGCCCACGCCAAAGCCCGCAUGAGCAAGACCACAGACUUAGUUGACGCAGAGGCUGCCCUGGAGCUCAUGCAGUUUGCCUACUUUAAAAAGAUUCUGGAGAAGAGGAGGAAGGUUGUAGAGGACGACAUGGGUGUGACUCAGAGCCAAUCACAGAGCCAGAGCCAGGAGGUGGCCAGUCAGAGGACAAGCACCAGGAAGCGUACCUGUGUGGGUAAGGAAAACAUGGAUGUGACAGAUGCUGGGGCAGAGUCUGACCCUUAUGAGUUUGAGGAACACGCCCAGUCUAUUAUGAAACCCAAGCCUGCUACCUCUCCGAGCAUGAAGAAGCCAAGACAGGACAGACCCCUCCUGCCCAGGCUGAAGCUGUUUAAGGCUGCUCUGAUGAAGGCCUUUCAGACUACACGUUCCCAGUCUGUAGCGGUGACGGAGCUCCUGACCCUAGUCAAUAAGACCACACACGGUCAGGACGACCAUGAGUUUGACGAGCAGGAGGUCGAGAAGCUGCUGGGGCGCAUGCAGGACGACAACCAGGUCAUGAUGUCAGAGGGCGUGGUCUUCCUAAUUUAGAGCUGGGGCAGCCAAUCACGAGCCAGUCCCAACCUGUCUAGUCUACUCAUGGUCAUCAUGAACUGUCUCUAAUAAAUGGGUUGAGCAUGAAA